AUGUCCAACCUUUUUCGAAAGGAUUUGAACUUCCCUCCCCAAUUAGAGGAAACCGUUAGGGAUUUUACUCGGGAGGUCCUUUUAAAUCAACCUUCAAAUAUUUCUCAAUUCGGAUAUGAGUAUUUCAUGAAGGUGGCUCAAAAGGAAGAUGAAGAGAAGAUGAACCAACAACCACAAUCAGAUGAUGAUGGUAAAGAACAGUUCUUGAAUAAAAUAUUUAGUGAUAAUAAUGAUGAUGAUGAAGUUCAACACACAGUAAAUAUUGAUGAUCGAUGCUAUUCCAAUAAUAAGGAAAUUCCCACUCAGGAUGAGAACGAGGAAGAAGAAGAUGCAGAGAAUGAAGAAGAGGAUUAUGUUGAUCCCUUUGAUCCCGAUCACUUUUAUCAUAAUUACUUCAUUAAUUAUAAUAUGAGGCACUCCAUAUAUUGGUGGAUUUCAAAACCCAUUGCCAUCAUUUACCAAAGAAACACUGGGGAAUACUUUUGUGCAUGCGGGAUUGGUGAUUGUCAUGGAUUUGAAGUGCCUUAUUAUCAACGUAACGCAAGACCUGCCUAUUUGUUAGUGUUUUUGGAAGGAGCUAAUGUCUUUCUUAGAGGUUCCUUUUGUUUGAUCAAAUUGGGAAAGUUGGGAAUGGUGUUAGAUGAGAAGAGAAUUGUACCCUUAAAGAUUAAGCGACAGCGAACUGCGGAUGAAGAGGAAGAAUACGAGGAAGCAAACGAAGAAGAAGAGGAGGAAACAGAGGAAGAGAGUGUUGGGGAGAGAGAAAAGAGUAAUGAGACAUCUUCCAGUCUGCAGUCCAAGAUGUCAUCUUUUGAUAUUAUUGAUUACAAUUCCUAUGUGAUUAUGAUAGAUCGUACUGAUGACCAGUUAAGGUUUAUAAUGCUGUAUGGUAAUGCGGAAUCCUAUUACCUUCUCUUUGCAUUGAAUAAGGAUGAUGUUGAAAAAUCUGUUGUGCUUCAAUUGCAUGUUCAGUAUGAUAAAUAUGUGGAAUGGAACUCAGGUAGUUUUGGAAAUUUCCUAAUCCACAGUCCAACUAGAAACCAAAAAAUUCAAUUGUUAACGUACAAUUUAACAUAUGUAACAGUUUCUAUUAAUGAUUAUGAUGAGAUUGAGGUGGAAAAGGAGGCACCUCUUGUUAUGGAUAGCAAAUAUUCUUAUACUCAUGACAUUUUGGAAAUGAGAACGGAAAGUCACAAUGAAACCUACUUGGUUCAUUUUGGGGGAGGUAUUAAGGAUAUUUCCAGAAUAACAGUCCAAGAUGGUGAUACAAUCAACAUAGAACAAGUCGAUUUUACAAAUUUUGAUCAAUACUUCCAUUCUUUUGAUUGGUCUUGCCCAUGUCAAUUAACAACAACAAAAUAUUUGAUCCUUGCCUAUGCAAAGACUGACAUUAACCCUUCAAAAACCAAAUGCCUUCAAGAAUUGCUGAAGGACAAUCAUACAGCUUGGUUUGUAUUCGACACAACUUGUAAAAAAAGUAGAAAGAGUGUAUCCUUUAGAUUACCAGAGAAAAUCUGA